UUAACUACAUUUUAGAAAACGUAGGGGUCUUAACCCGCCCUGUGCCCUGUUUAUCUCUCAACAGGAACAGUCUGCGAUGUUAAAGAGUGCUCCCAAAUCCCACCGCCGCACAGCGGCGCUGAGUUACAGGAGGAGAUCCGGAGCGUUAUAGAACAAAUUCAAUCACUGACCAGAGUAGUAACUGAUUAUAAAACGCUAAAAGGCAGCAGCACCUCAAGGUCAGGGCAUAUCCAAGGCGAUGCUUCGUCCCGACCCGGAGGAGACCCAUCCCUGUUGGAGGGUGUCCACUUAAACUCCUAUUAUAGCGUCUUAGUUAACCUAUAUUCGGUAUACAUGCCGUUAAUGAGCGAGCGAUUCGUCAAUAACCUCCCCGAAACACUCGUGUGUAUCCUGUCCGGGACACAAGAAUGUGGCCUGGAAGCAGAGUUAACGAGGGUGGUCGUUCUAGAACUCGCUAAUCCGUUGUUGGCGCUUUUGUCGUUUAUGAGGUCGGAGGGAUGUACCCCUAAGGACACGGGUGCGGGCAGCUUAUUCAGGUCCUACUUGAGGAUGGACGAGGUGAGCACGGCGGAACUCACCGGCUUCCAGGAAAUGCUUGUAUUGGCAAUGUCACAGGUACCCCAGUCUGGGAGUCUGAUGUCGACUAUAAGUCGACUUUUGGACAUGGUUGUGACGUAUUUCUCAACGAAGAUGGGGACUCUUAUCCAAGUCCCCAUUGAUUACGUGAACAUUGGUUUACAGUUUGGAAUUACAGUUCCUUCGCUUAAUCAAACCGAGCAAUGCCAGCAAGGGAAUCUGAAGCAGCUUAUAAUGUGGGGAAUGAAACACAACGUCAGCUGGUCCUUCGGCCCCUCCAUACUGGACAUCUUCCUGGGCUCAGAAUCCUCUCUGUGCAACGACCCCGGUUCAGAAUGCCCCAGUCCUGCCGGCCACUACAGCCGCCCUGCCUCCCAAACCGCCACCAAUGACGACGAUGAAGACUCCAUGUUCAGCUGCAACCGCCACAACCUCACUGUCUUCAACGAGACCCCGUGCGCCCACGUCCUUGCCGCUCCGCCGGAGGACCCCCCCACCUCGCUGGGGGUGUUCUGCCGCGCACUCAGCCAGCUCAGCCCCGCGCAGCUGGAGCACGUCUGGGGUAACACGUGUCACGCCAUCCAGGCGCUGAUGUCGCCCGUCCUCGCCCGGGCGCCCGCUUGUGACACCGGAGGCUACACGCCGCCACCGCCGCCGCCUGUCCUGCCCCUCCCCCCGUUGCAGGCCCGCCGCGCCAGGGCGUCGCCCAACCUCCGAAACCUGGUCUGUGACUAUGACUCCUGGUUUCAGGGUGAGGCAGUGGACGCCGGGGUGGUGAGCUUGUGCUCCGAUAACGACCGCGCCCUGUUCGUGGAGCAGGUGUGUGACAGCCCGCUGCGCAUGAUGCAGCUGCUGUCGGACCCCAACAACCACUGGAUGUUGGACUUUUGUGGUAACCUGACGUCGAACCCAGGAAUGCUGCUGAGCCUCUUCUGUGCCUACGAGGGCUGGAUGAACCAGCCGGAGGUGCCCUCUGCCAUGGUGGCCUUCUGCUGGAGCAUGGACGGCGGCAGGCUGAAGGAUCUGGUCUGCAAGGACCUCGGCCUCUUCAACUUCUUGUUCAUCAACCCGGACAACGUGGCUCUGAUCCCCAACUGCACGCACCUCGCCCUGCAGUUGCCGACGGAAGGGACCCUGGACGAGUUGGUGGCGGACUCCUGCCGCUACUCCGAGUGGCACGAUGUCAUGCAGAUCCCCAUGAACGUCAUGUCCCUCUGCACCCGCAACGAUGCCGCGCGAUUCGCCGCCGAGGUGUGCGCCAACGCCACCUUCUUUAGCGCUCUGCUGCAGAACCAGGUGUACGCCAGUUGGCUGGAGGUGUUCUGUGCCAACGUGUCUCAGGUAGCCCCGCAGACCACGCCGCCAUCCAGGGUCAUCUACUGGUGCGACUACGAGAACUGGGGCGACCGGCACGUGGACCCCUCGGUGGUGGGGCUGUGUUGGCAACACGAUAAGGACAACUUCACCACGAAGGUGUGCUGCAACUCCACGCUGUUCGAUCAGCUGGCGGCGGAGACCCAGAACAAAUGGCUGCUGACGGCGUGCGGGGACAGAGACGUGGCGGAGAUGAUACCACAGGUUUGCAGAUACUCGGAGUGGACCCGGCCCAUCAUCGUGGACAUGACCGAUCUGGCGCGCUGUGCUGAGCUGGACCCCUUCAACUUCACCACCAGGGUGUGCGCCGAUGGCGUUGUGCUGAAGCACCUCCUGGCCAACCCGGACAACAUUUGGCUGCUGCAGCACUGCAUCAACGGGUCCCAACCCGGGGAGCCGCUGGGCUUCAACCUCUUCGAGCAGUGCCAGUACGCCAGCUGGGGCCUGUCGCUCCCGGACCAGGACCUCAUGGCUCUGUGCUGGAAAUACGACCAGGUGAACUUCGCUAGGUCAGUCUGCCUAGACGUCAACCUUCUGGCCUGGCUCGCCCAGGACACUUCCACCAUGUGGGUGAGCCAACUGUGCCACAGCUUCAGCCACCACGGUGCAAACGACAGCGGCCCCGGGGAGGAGAGCCAGCCCUGCCUGGCCCGAGAGCUGGUGAUGAGGUUUAACUGGUCCUGCUCGGCCGACCUGGCUCCGGUGUGCAGGCCCGGGGCGAGCGUCACGGCCUCCCUGCAGGCGGUGCUGCGCUGCUGGGUGGAGAGCCUGACCCAGCGGAUGCAGGGUCUGUCGGUGCUGAACAAGGCGGCCAGCAUGAGCGUGGUGAUGCUGGUGGCGCUGGAGGAGAGGCAGCUGACGUCGCUGCGCGUCACGGACCAUAUCCGGCGGAGCGUGCUGAACUCCACCGCCCUCUACCUGGAGAGAGAGACCAACUUCGAGAACAAGAGGGUCCUCCUGCAGUGCUUUGGGAAAGAACUCACCAGCCUGAUGGAGUCGCGCACCAUACUGGACCCAGAGGUCUUCCUCAUCCAGGAGUAUUUCCGGAUCCCUCUGGAGAGUCUGCGUGCUGUGCUGAGUGGGGUGGACAACACCACGGCCCGGGAGAUCCUCGAGCACUACAGUCGGCAUAAGAACUCACUGCAGCUAACGGAUGUCUAUUUAUCGGCCAUGGUGUCUGUGUUCAUCCCCGUCCACCUGUGGAAGGACAGCAGGCUGUUCACAGAGCUGGCUCCUCUUCUACCCUGGGCCUCCCUGGCCGACAUCAAUGCUCUACCCCCACUGCAGUCCAACGCCUUUGUCCGGGGUGCGAUCAACGACAACCUGGAACUCAUGCGCCUGGCCCAGCGCCAGGCGUUUGGCCAGUGGUUCAGCCGGGCCAUGGCGCCGCUCAACAUGACCAGCGGCGCACGCUCUCUCAUCAGGGACACCGGGAACCUGAUCGUCUACCUGCCCUUCCAAAGCUUCCAACACCUCUCCCCUGCUCAGCUGCUGGACGGGCUGGAGGUGCUGCGGAGAAACACGCCUCAGCACCCUGCAGCAGGACUUUCAUAGCUCAGAGAAUUCAUCGGUGCCUACAAGAACCUCUCCAUUCAGGACUUCAACAGGCUGGGGAACCUGACCUGCCUGGUAGAGCCUUCAGAGCUGCUGCUCUACAGGAACUCUGAGGUUUUCCCCGUCAUCCAGAGACUCAUCUCCAACUGCGCCCAACACAGGCUGAAUUUGCCCAGUGACAUG